CCCCCCAUACUAUCGCUGCGAGGAAGCGGCGGGAUUCUCUGGUGGAAACACAGCGAACAAUUUUGAAAGGAGCAAAUGAAAAAGUGUGGAAAGAAAACCAAAAAAACCUAAGAACGACAGCACAAACCGAGCAUAAGAAUUAAGCCUACGUGGUGGACAUAGGCGUCACGUGCGAGAAAGAUUGACCGGAGAACAACGGGAACAUCCCACCCCGGAAAGGUGUUCCGAAUAAUACGGAGGAAGAAAAAUCGAAUGUCAUUCUCAUCCGACGGCCAUGAAGCAGUAAAGAAAAGGGGUGAUCACUUAAGAUAGUAAUUUAAACAAAUCUCAUCCACAAAAAACACAUCAGAAGUAUUGAAAUCAGAAUCUCUUCGACGUCGAGAGCGAUCCGGGAGCCGUUCGAACAAAUCGAUAAGAAUCAAUACCAAAACUGAGCAUAAAUCUCCACGUUUGUAGUUACUCGUUACUCGAUAGUUACUCGUUUUUUUUUUGCGCUAGAAUUGUGUGUAAUUUAGAAAUAAGAGUGUUCGAAGUAUACCAUUAUCAUCAGUACGAACAGAACCCCACUACUACUUGUACCGUUUACCACUGUUGGAUGUGGCACAAGUGCUUCUAACCAUCAAGGAACAUAUUGAAAACACUACCAUAGAACAUCAUCCUACUCCGCUGGCUUCGUUUUCUUGGGCACAAUUUAAUUGACCCAAAGAGACGAUCGAAAGCGAUCCGGGCAUCGCGUAGAUACGCACGGCUAAAUACCGUCGGUCGACGAAUCACUGGGCCGCGACGACCGAAAAGCGUAGAGAAAGCAGCGGAAUUGGACUGGUUGCUGGUUGCUGCUAGGCGGCCGGAAUCUCAAAAGCCAGAUGGCCAGCAUACCAGCAUUCGUGGGCGUACCCAAGCGCGCAACCUGCAACCGUUGUAGUAAUCCCAUCUUCCUGGCAGAACGGAUUAGCUUCGGCGAGAAGAGCUACCACCGAUCAUGCCUGAAGUGUGCCCGUUGCGGAACCCAGCUAACGGUUGGCAGUUUCUACGAGACGGAAACGGACGGCGAGUACUGCUGCGAAACCUGCCCGGAUGAGGAGCUUCAGCUGGCGAAGCGGCGCGAAUCGUCUGCCUCGUCCGAGAGCAGCACCCACUCGUCGAUUGGUGGCGGCGCCGACCCUGGUGGAGUUCCGGUGGUUUCGACCGGCCUGCCGCGAACCGUCGUACGUAGCAGUAAGCUGCUCGAUCGGAUCUCGUUCUUUGAGUCGGCACCGCUUAGCGAUGAGGAGAAAACGUCCAACCUGGAACGGAAGUCGAGAAUGAGCAGCUUUUUGAAGCAAACGCUUGGAAAUGACGAACAGGAGGAGCAAGACAAACCGCCGGAUCUUCCGGUAUUGCCACCGCCGAAACAGAAUAGCGUAGAUAAGCAGCCAAUAACGUCCGCCGCUUCCACUGAACCGGAAGAUCCGACGGUCGACGUGGAGGAUGAGUUUGAGAAACUUGUUCAAGGCCUCGACGACACUGCUGGCCGGGAGGACAUUUCCGAGAAGUCUAUUUCAAAUGAGUUAGGAUUAGAGAAUGUAAUAACCUCCGCAAGUAGCAACACGCAGGUUCCUUCUGCGGUGUACGAGAUCAAAGACCACCCUUCCGAAGAAAUUCAACCUUCCGAGUCCAUUGAAGAGAGUUUGACGGAGGCAACCAACGUCGUGCUAGUUCCGGCUGACAUUAGAAAACAAUCCGAGACAUCGGUAGAACUGCCGGAGACAGAAAAGCUAAAGGACUCCAGCCUGGAAAGUGAUGAAACAUUAGAUGACACAAUAAACACAAAUACCGUUAUUCAACCAACGACCGAGAUCUCACUAGAGACUGUUAAAGAUGAUCGUAAAUGUACCGAAGCGAUUAUUGAGGAAGAGAAACAAUCGUCUCCUACGCCACCGGUGUUGGACUCGGUUCCAGCAAGUGUGACUGAAUCUAUUGUGCCUGAAGGAAAGGAAAGUACUGAUCCUAAUCUUUUGCCCAGCCACGAAUCUGUGACAAGUACCGAACCGAAGGAUUCGACAAACGAACCGAUCACUAGCGAAACCCAGGUGUUGCCUGAUGAUUCUGUAUUAAAUACUAACCUUAAACAGGUGCCUGAAGAACUUGAAACGAGUAACAAGUUGAAAUUGGAAUCGGUAGAAGAACCUGUGGAAAGCAGCAAGCCGGCGGAAUCCGAAGUGCCUAAGGAUGAGAAGAGUGUCAAACCGGCGGUGGUGAUUGAACCGAAAAAACAGACUGAUGAAGAUAAUGAUGAUAAUGAAAAGAGGCCAGUGAUACAGAGUCCUACGGCCGAUGAAGAGCAGUAUCCAUCCGAUCUGAAUCCGUUUGGAAAUGACGACGAAGAGGAUGAUGCACCCAGCGGAAAGCUAACGGGAGUACAGAAUACAACACCGUCGAAACCUGUUCCUACGGCACGCCACAUCAGCACAAAUCCUUUCGGCAGUGACGAUGACGAUGAUGAUACGCCUCAAUCGCCCUCAUCGAAACCACCGCGGCCACCUCCACCGAAGGUAAAAACAACCGCUUCGAGUGCAGUGCCGGCGAAUCCGUUCGGCGAGGAAGACGACGACGAGCAAGAGGAACCGGCAAUCGUGCCGGUGGUUUCAAAGCCCUCUCCACGCCGAACGCCGGUGCCGACGCCAAGGAAAGCGCACGCGUACAACGAUUCCGUCAGCUCGCUCGAUAACUCGCUCAUGUCGAGCAGUCGGUUGAGCAGUUCGAACGUUUCGCUUGCGUCCAGCUUAGAGAGCGGUCCUUCGUCGAUGGUUGUGCCGAGGCGCAAGAAGGGUAAGGCACCGGACGUGCCCGUACCACCGAGUGGAGGAGCAUCUUCACCGAAGCCUGCUCUAGUCGUGGUGCCAUCCGGUGCUGAUAAAACGUCUACGGAGAACCUCUCCAAUACCAGCGGUAGUGGAACUCUAACGACACCACGUAAGAAGCGGCUGGCACCAGCACCACCACCAUCAUCAUCAUCGACCCCGAAGCAAUCCUCGCCAGGCUCCCUGGGCGUUAGUGCUACUUCCGCAAGUGGGGGUCUGACGCGGGUACCAAGCCAACGGUUACUUACGCUCGAUGCCAGCCUAAUGGCCGACGAGCACGAUCCAUCCGAUCCGGUGAGCCGAGCCCCGAGUAACGAAUCGGUCGUCUACCGGCGAACCAUUGUGCCGCUGGUGCUGGACGAGGACGCCAGUUCGGAAUCGCCAGUGCACAACGCCGCCACCAGCAGCGAGCGACAGUGGGAGAAGAUGAAGGACAACAAGGAAGCGCAAAACCGCAAUCGCCAAUCCCAGAGCUCGCCGAUUAGCGAAGGCAGCAGUGGCGGAGCUAACGGAAGUUUCGGAAGCCUCUCCAUUCUGGCGAACAAAUCGUCCCAGGGCAAGUGGAAACGGCGCAAAGGGCCGGCACCCGCGUUGCCAAUGCUGAUCGCGGCACCACUGCCGGAGCGAAAGCCGAUCAAAAUGCUUCCCCUGAAGGAGAUCCACCAGGAGCUACAGAUCAUCGAAACCCAGCAGCAGGGCCUGGAGAAGCAGGGCAUCGUGCUGGAGAAGAUGAUCCGGGAGCGGUGCGAGGGGGUCGAGGCCGAUGUCGAUCUCGACAUUCGGCUGCAGACAAACUCGAAGGAGGUGGAAGAUCUGAUCAUGCAGCUGUUCGAGCUAGUGAACGAAAAGAACGAGCUGUUUCGUCGCCAAGCCGAGUUGAUGUACUUACGACGCAUGCAUCGGUUGGAACAGGAACAGGCUGAUUUGGAGUACGAAAUCCGGCUACUGAUGGCUCAGCCGGAACGGAACAAAACCGAUUCGGACAAGGAAAAGGAAGAGGCAUUGAUCGCGCGUUUAGUUGAAAUUGUCCAACUCCGGAACGAAGUUGUCGAAUGCUUGGAGAUGGAUCGAAUCCGGGAGGCCGAAGAAGACUUGUCAAUUAAGCAGAGCAUUGAAGAACGUGCCGCUAGCCAGCAGUCCAAGCAUGGCAGCAGCAAGAAAGAAUCAUCCGCAAACACGUCGGCCACCCUGCCGCUGACCGAUGCGGAAAAGCGCGACUCCUCCACGAAGCUCUCGAAAAAGGAAAAGAAAAAGCUCAAGGAAGCAAAGAAGCUGUCCAAAUCGAAGAAAAUCGACUCGGAAAAGGAUGCCGAUGAAACGGAAAGCAGUGCGAUUAAGGAGAAGAAAAAGAAAAGGAAAUUUCUUUUCUAAAACUACUACACACACCGUAAGCUAUUGAAGUUCUAGGGUUUCGUUGGAGAGAGGUGCACGUUCUGAAUGUGUGUGCCGUCGUAGCUGGACUGGUUUACAGUUAAUUCUACAUUCCUUUAGUGCUGAUAAUGGUUGUUCCGUCCGUUCAAGCUGUGCAACACAGUGUCUAACAAUCGAGCUGGAGGAGCAGAGGUCUUGCAAAGGUCACCGUCUGUACUUUCCGCCACACGUAUCGUUGGUUCAUAUAUGGUGCCUAUUCGAAUAUUAGUUUUCUAAAUCUAAUCGUUCAUUGUUUGA